UGAGAAUUUUUGUAGAAAUCAAAGUAGCUUCCUUUUCUUUCCUCCUGUUCUCAACCGCUUCUGUGUUCAGCACAGAAGCGAGAGUUACUGGAGCCUCGGCGGGGACGGUCUGUCGCCUCUCGCCGCGACCACGGCCCUGGCGUCGUCGAGAGGAGAAAGAGAGAAGGUUGAAGAGCCUCUUUUGAAGCCCGUUUUCUUUUCCUUGUGAACUUUCGAUUCCUCUCCCUAUUUUCUCCCGUCUCUUUUUCCUCUCUGCCUCUCGCUCCGACUGCAUUCGCAACUCUUUUAGCGCCCCGUUACAGCUUUUUCUCCACGCAGCCGAGAGUCCCUUCAGCCCUCCUUGCGUUGUCCUUUCCUUCCCUUGCUAUACGCUUUUUCUUUCUUCUCCUUCUCCGUCUCCUCCUCCUUCUUGUUCUUCUGCGUCUCCGCCAUGGCUGGAGUUCCGAAGGGGGCAAAGGCCGCCGCUAAGAAGAGAGGGCGAGAGGAGGGCGCAGUGUCCUCUGGCCUAAGGUCUGUGGGUUCGAGCAAGAAGAGCAAGUCUCUUUCCUCUGCUUCCCGCAAAGCGCCGGCGCCUGACAAGCCUGGCAGAGUGCCUCCUGCGCUCUCGGCCUCUUCCUCCGCCUCCGCCUCCUCCCGCGACAAGAGAUCCGCGGGAGACAGAGAGACUACACACCUCGGGAAGAAGCAGAGAACAGAUGGCGCGGCUCGAGCGUCGCCUGCAGAGACAGAAGAGAAGAUUCCUGGGUGCCCCGUCUCACCUGCGCUGCUCAAGAAGGCCUUGGCGGGCCUCACGGCGUACGUGAUGAAGAAAGCCAGCGAGCGCGGAACUCAAGACCUCCUGGAAGAGACAGGCGCCGCAACUGUCUCUCUCAUGCUCGCUCUCAAAAACAUCCCCCAAGCCUUUCGCAAACAGCCCGUUCAAAUCGUCCUGCCUCAUCCCCUGUUUGACGUCUCCAAGGGCGAGGGCGAGUGCUGUCUCUUCGUCAAAGAUCCUCAGCGAAAGUGGAAGGACUUGAUUGCUCCUGAGAAGCUUCCGGGUCUGACUCGCGUGCUCGGCCUUGAAAAGCUGAAGAAGAAAUUCCCCACUUUUAAAGACAAGCGCAUGCUCUGCGCGAGCUACGACUUCUUUCUGUGUGACCGCAAAAUCGCUGACAAGCUGACGCCCGUCUUGGGCAAGACGUUUAUUCAGGCAAAGAAGCUUCCUUUGCCAGUGAAGUUGUCCUCGACAAACGUACGUCCUGCGUUGGAGGAGGCGCUGCACUCGACUUGUUUCUUCUUGCCUCGCGGGCCGUGCGUCGCCGUCAAGAUCGGCCGCGCUAACAUGCCGCCGGAGCAGCUGCUUGCAAAUGCGAAGAAGGCGCUUGCCGCGGCGUUCACCUUCUUCGCGGAAGACGCGAAGUUCCGCAACACCAUCCACGCGGUGUCUGUCCAGGCCACGGAUGCGCCGGCCUUGCCGAUCUACUCCGACUCCUCCUACACAGAGGCCGCGCGGCACUACGUCUCAACCUCUCCCCCCGCCGCGCCGCCGCCUGCAAAAGACAGAGCGGAGAAGAAGGCGGGCGAGGGCAGGUCGGGUGUACCGACACGCGGCGAGGACAGGCAUGGGGCGGGAGCUGGCAACGCAUCUGUCCUCGCCGCGAAGAAGCGAACAGGAGGCGGGAGCGAGAAGCUUAGGAAGGCUGGAGCCAGCGAGAAGAGUGGAGAACAAAAGAGACACGCCAAAGCGACAAGGCCCAUCAUGAGACUGGAGGAACCGAAGAAAAAGCGAAAGGGCGAGGAAGCCGUUAACUCAGCGGCAGCUGUCCAGGCGAAGAAGAAGUUUAAAACGAAGGCGAAGUAAACGGAGAAAGGCGGCUUGGACAGUUGGGUGCUCGCGUUCAGUCACGAACGCAUUGUCUCUUAAUUUCAUUGGUCUGUGUUUUCGUCUUGGAGUGUUUUUUAGAUUUUCUCUCCUCUUAAGACUUGCUGGAUUCCAGUCCCUACAAAGACUUUCUUCCGUGGAGGAAAGAACCUGGUUCCCCAGAGAGAGCGCACUCUCUCCCCUGACGCUGUGCAGGUUGAGUUGCAGGUUGAGUGUC